AUGCGUAUCUCAUUCGAGACCGUCACAGCCGUCUUGGCCUGCCUCUCCACUGGCUCAGCUCUCCAAAUCCAGGCCGACACGCCACUCUCCGAACUGAUCUCCUCCGCCAAAGCCCACCUGGCCAAGGGAUCUCCGCGCGAUGCACUGCCUUACUUUGACGCCGCCGUCUCCCGCGACCCAUCCAACUACAUCACUCUCUACCAACGUGGCGCAGCCUACCUGUCCAUUGGCAAAAACAGCCAGGCCUCGGAGGACUUCAAUCGGGUGUUGAAAUUGAAGCCCGAUUUUGAAGGCGCACUGCUGCAACGCUCGCGUCUGCAUGCGCGCUCGGCCCAGUGGAAAGAGGCGCUGAAGGACCUCGAAAAGGCGGGCAAGAAGAAUUCCGCCGAGUAUGAGGAAUUGCGCGCGGCGCGGGAUGCGGCCGGGUUGGCCAUGGCGGCGGAAAAGAAAAAGGACUGGGAGGCGUGUGUGAUGCAGGCUGGUGUGGCGAUCCUCAAAGCGAAUACGGACUUGGCGUUGCGACAGACUCGCGCGCACUGUCGAUUCGAGAGGGGGAGAUUGAAGAAGAUCUCGCCCAACCUGGUGGAGCCGCAUCUGCAGAUGUCGGCGAUGUUGUUCUACGCGCUGGGUGAUAAUGAUCGGGGACUGGCGCAGAUCCGCAAGUGUUUACAUACGGAUCCCGAUGCCAAGGCCUGCAACCGUCUGUAUAAGCGCGAGCGACAGCUGGCUAAGACAUUGAACAAGGUGCGGAGUGCGUUGGAGGCGCGCAAGUUUAGUAAUGCGGUCAAGUUGAUGGUGGACGACGGUGUGGAACCGGGCUUGAUCACCGACGUGAAGAACGAUGUCGCAGAGGCAAAGAAGGCGGGUCACAUUCACCCGGCUGCGUCGAAUCAUCUCUACAAUUUCUUGAUCGAAAAGUCGUGUGAGGCAUAUCGAGAGAUGCGCAUGGUCAAAAAGGCUGGUCCUUACUGUAUCGAAGCGCUUCAAGCAAUUCCUCACUCCCUCCACGGUCUCCUCUAUCAAGCUCAGACACAACUCGACAAUGAUCAAUUCGAAGAGGCCGUCCGCACACUCAACACCGCUAGAGAGCACCACCCACACUCACAAGAAAUUCAAACUCUUCUUCAAAAGGCCCAAGCCCUGCUCAAGCGAUCCAAGCAAAAAGACUACUACAAGGUUCUGGGCGUGAGUCGUGAUGCCGACGAACGCACCAUCAAGCGGGCCUAUCGCCAAUUGAUGAAACAACAUCAUCCGGACAAGGCGCAUGCACAGGGUGUGUCCAAGGAGGAGGCCGAAAAGAAGAUGGCGGCGAUCAACGAGGCCUAUGAAGUCCUGUCGGACGGAGAAUUGCGGACGCGCUAUGAUAACGGCGAUGACCCUAACGACCCCGAGUCGCAGCAGCGUGGAAAUCCCUUCCAGCAGGGUAGUCCAUUUGGGCAUCCUGGUGGACAGCAAUUCUUCUUCCCGCAGGGUGGUCGUCAGUUCAAAUUUGGUGGUGGCGGUGGUGGUGGAUUCGGAGGAUUCCAUCCAUUCCAGUGA